CGCAUGGUGUUGUUGUGGGUGCUUGAAACGUGCGGAAUGGGAGAAGAAAUUGAGACAUUCGCUGAUUGCACCUGCCACAGACCCCACCACGCGCUCUUGCCGUGCUGGUAUCCUACGGACGCCCGCGCCGCUCCUGCCCUGCAAACGGGUGGUGAGCUCCGUACAGCGCAGCGUUUUAUACGAUAGUUCAGAUAAGCAGCGGCAGAAAUCAGGCACUAUGAACCGCUUCCUCAACCGGAGAAAGGACAAGAAGAAGGGGGAGCCAGAACCCAAGCCCGAGCUCAACAUCGCAACAGCACUGCCAGCUGCCGAUGAUUUCCGGACCAGUCUGAUCUUGCCCGGCUUGUCGACCCGCUUUAGUAUGCUGAGGGAGCAGGAUGAUCCCCAUUCGAAGCUCGGAAAGGCCAGCGAUGACAGCGUGCUCCACCCAAAACGACAGUCCCGCUUGCACGAGUUUGGUUUCGCACCGGGAGGCCUCACAGAUAUUGCCGAAGUCUCCUCGUUGAAAGGCUCUCUGAAAGGUUCCCUCAGCGAUUCUCAUGGCCCGAUUCGCCCGCCAUUCGCCUCUGAGCGCUCGGGUUCUUUCGACAGCCAGGCCACUGAGGAAGGCGGAAGCAUGAUGAGCCGAGCGCGGCCAGGAGAGGGCAACGUCUUGUUCGGUGGCAGGCAAAAAAUCUACAAGAUUGGGGGCAGUGGCACAUCCAGCGGCAGGCUCUUGUACGACGACGAUGUGCACCUGUCCACAUUCCAAAAGAUGCGCCGGGAAGAGAAGGAACGACUUGCGGCACAACAGGACGACGAAACCGCCGAGGAGCCACUAAGCCCUACCAAAGAUGCGUAUUCUCCGUCUGUGGAAGGUUUCAAUCGCCGAAGAGAAACAUCUUCCUCGACGAACUCUGGAAGCAAUGCACGCAUUUCAACCGCAGCAACUUCUGUGGCAUCGCAAGGCGCCAACUCGGUGGCUGCUGGACCUACAUCGCCUACCGAGAUCACAAGAUCGACAACCAAGGCGCGGCGGCUCUACGAGCAAGGUCUGGACCAGCAAAUGUACGAGCAACAAUCGUCGGCCAUGAACCGCCUGAAUUCGAUUCAACGCACACGGGCACAGACCGGACGUGCUACCCCUCCUCUGCUGUUUACUCAAACGAGAUCCGCGACAAAUUUGAGUGAUCGCUUCACCAAAGGUGGAGCUCUCCGCAUGGAGAGUCCCACUUUCCAGACUAAUCCCGGUUUCCCCAAUGGCAAAGAUUCGCCGACAAACGCCUCGAGCCCCAUUCUUUCUAGACCCCAGUCUCCGCUGUUGACGAGCCCAUUGGCCAGCGACAGCGAGGAUGCUCAAACCCUCAAUACCGCACUGCAGCCGCAGGACCGGGGAAAGGCCACCGCAAUGGGUGCGUUCAACAAGCCCAAGGCUGCUUUUAGCGAGGAGCAAUACCGGGAGCGUCUCAGACAGAUGCAGUUGGAACGGGAAGCAUCCGCCGCAGCAAAGCUUGACAACCCUCGCAAGACAUCUGCGGACCAUGUAGAUCCAAUCUUACCGCGGAAACCCUCCGCCACGGAGCGUGCCGAUAUGGAGAUCCCCAAGAAGCCAUCUUUGCGCGAGCGUGCCGAGUUGGAGAGGCGAAAAAGAGCUAUGUCCAACACUACAACAGCUGGCGCAGCAAUGGAACGGGAGCGGUCUGACUCUUCAGCGAAGCCCAAGGAUGCGCCAUCGCCGUUUUCGGUUUUUCAACAGGCUGCGUCUCAGAUGAAGGCUGUGCCUGCUACGGCUUCCUCGACACCGAGCCUUUCGCCUCACAAUGUGCAGUCUCCCGAUUCGCAGCAAGGGGCCACGUUUUUUGCCUCUGCUGGAUCUAGUGAAGAUGAAGGUGAUGCUCCCCAGCCUGGCCCAAAAUCAAUGGAGCGAGGCCGCCGACUUGAAAACCUGCCUGUAGCCACUCGACCUGCGCCGCCUAUCCUAGAACAUCCUGCUCUUCGCUCGCGAAGCAACUCACGUCCACCGCAAGAGUCUGAGCAUCCUGCGUUGCGCUCACGCAGCAACUCUCCUCCUACCCAAAUUGAGCCUCAAUCAUCACCAAAUCCCCAAGCUGCUCAAGACCCGGAUCUCGACUCGCCCACGCUGGGUCCUAACAACGGAGGGCUUAGCGGCCUCAUCCGACAACAUUUGCGCAACGUCAGCAACGUCUCGUCGAACUACGAUGACGAUCGCCAAAGUAUGAUGAACCCUCCGCCCCUCCAGACACAGAACUUUGGGCUUGGUCUUCAGCGCCGUCAGCCUCAGAAGGAAACGGAUACGCACUCAAACUCCACUUACAAUCACUCAAAUCCCUGGGAUCUGGAUGACCUCGAGAGCAAUCCAUUCUACAACGAGAGGGCAAGCAUGAGCUCCGUGAGCCCUGUAGACGCGCCAAAACCUCAAUCACAGGCUUACCCCAUCUCUCCAAUGUCACCUCUGUCUCCUGACGCUCCGACAUUUGCUCAAGAGGAGGACAAGACACACCACCGUGGCCGCAGCGUAGAGGAACAUGAAGCUUUUCAGCGGGAUCUUGCGCUACGCCAACGUGCUAUCCAGGAGAGCCUCCGCGCUCGCGCUGAAGGCCGAUCCACAAGCCCUGCACCUACGCCGGCUGGGCAUCAAGGUGGUCUUAAAACUGCUCUCAACAUGCUUCGCGCGAAGUCAAGCCGGGAAUCAUUUGCUACUGUUGACAGCCACCGAAACCCGGACGGCUCCCUGAAGUCAAUUAAGGUGCUUGGCUUGGGUGCAAAUUCUGUCAAUGCCAGCAGCACUUCCCUUGCUGGGGUCCCUGAGGGAUCAUCAGUCCGGCAUAACAUGCGUUCGCUGCCGUACAGCGACCGUGGUCAAGGUGAACCGCGGCAACGGUCGGCAACAGGUGACAGUACCCGCAGUGGACCUCUGCAAAAUCGAUCACCUCCGACAUCCAGCAGAGGCUCUGGCAGGGACCGAUCCAGCUCCGAGGUAUCGAAUGGCCGCUCUCGCAGCCGCCCUCCCCAGCAGUACCGGGAUGAUCUGCAACAGGCCAUGGGCGAAGGAAUCGGGUCUAGAUCGGCUUACUACCCGCCUAAUUCCACUCCAUCGAUGCCGGGAUAUUCAGUCAAUGCUACCCAGCCGCUGCCUGCUGAACGAUCGUCUCCUGAUCAGAGCAGCAAGUCUAGGUCACGAAGUAACAGCAAGAAGCACCUCAAGCCUAUCCAAACCGGCAACGGAAUGCCUGGUGUUCCAGGCGCUCAUUUGUCGCCCGGAGGCCGACCUCAAAACUCGCCUGGACUUCCUGCGUCGCCCCGCCCUUCACCUGGCGGACCAAGCCCUGCUUUCCGUGCCCAAGCCUCACCUCUUCCAGCAGCCUCGGCAGCAAACACCCCACCAGUGUCCAACCCUGGGACUCCUGACAAGGCCGCCUUCAACCCUGAUGCGAGACCUCCUCCCAUGGCAAAGGUCGGCACGCUCCGCAAGAAGUCCAUCGCCAAGGCCGACAUUGGUGAGCCAGUGUUCGUCUCCACCACAUCAGUCAUCGACCUUGUCAGUCUGCCACCAGGAGCCUCGCUGAAGAAUGGCAUGGAGACGGCGCCGCCUCCCGUUCCGCCCAUCAACCCACGAAGGCGAUUCGGCUUUGGUCGAUCCGAGAACCGCGACCCAGGGGUCCAUGCUGGCCUUGACUCGCCAAACGCUCCGUUUGCCGAGAUGAGGACGAAUUCGUACGAGGGUCUCACCGCGGCAUCAUCCAGACCAGCAUUGAGGAAAACCAUGAGCGAGGGGAGGAGUCUACAUGAAAACGCACAGGUUCAGUCUCUGAAUAGCCCGCCCAUGCCUGCUGGCCCGUUUGGAGCACGCAAGGCCUCACCACCACGCCCAAUCAAUGGUGCGCCUGCCGCACAACGGAACAUGGAUGGUGCGAUGUUCUAGGGCAUCUUUUUACUUCGACUACCCUCGGCAGUCCAAAAAGCAACCUCUUC